UCUUCUUAUAAUUAUAUCUCUAUAAAAUUUUAAAUUUUUUGUAAUAAUGCUAACAAAAAACCUAUUUAUAUAGUUAAAUAUAAACUAGAAGUAUAAAUGUGAAUGAAUAAUAAUCUAAUCAUUCCAUAAUCAUACAGUUCCUUUAAAUUAUUAGUAUAAUUUUAUAAUCUUAUAAUGUAUAUAUUAAUAAAAAUAUUUUUUAUACAGUUAUUAGUUUUUCAUUUUGUAAUUGGUGGUCCAGAAGAAGAUCAAGGUGUAAAAUAUGCAAAUAAAUGCGAAGUUUGCAAAGUAGUUGCCACUGAAUUAGAAGCGAGAUUAGAUGAAACAGGUAAAACACAUGAUGUACUUGAAAUUGGAUAUUCUCUUGAUGAUGUUUUACCCAAGAAAAAGAAAGAAUAUAAAAAAUCAGAAUUACGUUUAGUAGAAAGUAUAGAAAAUUUAUGUGAACGUAUAUUGGAAUAUAAUAUUCACAAAGAACGUACAGAUAGUACAAGAUUUGCCAAGGGAAUGAGUCAGACAUUUAAAGCACUCCAUGAUCUUGUAGAUAAAGGAGUCAAAGUUGAACUAGGAAUACCAUAUGAAUUAUGGGAUAAACCAUCUGUUGAAAUUUCUACUUUAAAAUCACAGUGCGAAGAUUUAAUUGAAAAUCAUGAGGCUGAUAUUGAAGACUGGUAUCAUAAUCAUCAAGGAAAAAUCCCUUUAAUUAGAUAUUUAUGUUCAGAGAAAGCAUUAAAAGGAGAAGAUGAUUCUUGUCUGAAAGAAAAAGGUGAAACUAUGAAUAAUGAUAUGAAAGAGAAAAAAAUAAAAAAAAAAGAACAUACAAUAAUUCAAAAUAAAGAAAAAGAUAUAAAAGAAGAAUUAUAAAUUAUUAAUAA